AUGGCAGGUGGAGCUUUUGUAAAUACAGGAAAAACAAAACAAUUUGAUGGCAAGGUUACAACAUUUGUGUUGGUUACAUGCUUUGUGGCAGCCAUGGGAGGCCUUCUCUUUGGUUAUGAUCUUGGAAUAACAGGAGGAGUGACUUCCAUGGAACCAUUCUUAAUAAAAUUCUUCCCUGGUGUUUAUAAGCAAAUGAAAGAUGAUACCGGUCAUCAUAGUCAAUAUUGCAAAUUUGACAAUCAGCUACUUACUUUAUUCACCUCUUCCUUAUAUUUAGCCGCAUUAGUAGCUUCUUUCUUUGCUUCCACAACCACAAGAUUGAUGGGGCGCAAAAUUUCAAUGUUUUCAGGAGGCUUAUUUUUUCUUGUUGGUGCAGUAUUAAAUGGUCUUGCUGUAAAUAUCGAGAUGCUUAUCAUUGGUCGUAUAUUACUUGGUAUCGGCGUGGGAUAUUGUAAUCAGUCUGUACCAGUAUAUUUGUCUGAAAUGGCUCCGGCAAAGAUUAGAGGUGCACUCAACAUGGGAUUUCAAAUGAUGAUCACAAUUGGCAUCUUAAUUGCAAACCUUAUUAACUAUGGGACUGCCAAACUAGAAAGUGGAUGGAGAAUUUCUCUGGGUGUUGGUGCUGUUCCUGCAAUCAUGCUAUGUGUUGGAUCACUAUUCUUAGGUGACACGCCUAAUUCCUUGAUUGAAAGAGGCCAAAGGGAAGCAGCUAAGAAAAUGUUACAAAAAAUUCGUGGCAUUGAUAAUGUUGAUGAGGAGCUCCAAGACCUCAUUGAUGCAUGUGAGGCAGCUAAACAAGUGGAACACCCAUGGAAGAACAUUACACAGCCUAAAUACAAGCCUCAACUCACUUUUUGCAUAUGGAUUCCAUUCUUCCAGCAACUUACUGGCAUUAAUGUCAUUAUGUUUUAUGCACCCGUUCUCUUCAAAACUUUGGGCUUUGGAGGCGAUGCUGCCCUUAUGUCUGCAGUUAUCACUGGAUGUGUUAAUGUGGCUGCUACUUUUGUUUCCAUAUUCACUGUGGAUAAGUUUGGAAGAAGACUUUUGUUUCUCGAAGGUGGCAUCCAAAUGCUUAUCUGUCAGGUUGCCGUUGGAGUUAUGGUUGCACUGAAAUUUGGUGUGACCGGCAAUGGCUCUUUUAGCAAAAGUGAAGCUGACCUUCUCUUGUUCUUCAUAUGUGCAUAUGUUGGAGCAUUUGCAUGGUCUUGGGGUCCACUUGGGUGGCUAGUACCCAGUGAAAUAUGUUCUCUGGAGACUCGAUCUGCUGGUCAAGCCAUUAAUGUUGCCGUAAAUAUGUUGUUUACCUUUGCUAUUGCUCAAGUUUUCCUAACCAUGCUUUGUCACUUGAAGUUCGGCCUUUUCCUCUUCUUUGCUGGAUUUGUGAUCAUCAUGACUAUCUUCAUUGCCUUAUUCCUGCCAGAGACUAAGAACGUCCCCAUUGAAGAAAUGAAUAAAGUGUGGAAAUCACAUUGGUUUUGGACAAAGUUUGUUGGUGAUGUUAAUAAUGAUCAGAAGAUCAAUGAUGUUUAA